GAAGGUAAUACUCUUUGGCCUCAAGAUACCAAUGGGAAACUUAUUGGAUCGAAUGCUGAUUAUUUAGAAACAUGGAGAGGAAUGGAAGAGUGCGUUCGUCAAGGCUUAACUCGGAGCAUUGGAAUCAGUAACUUCAACUCAGAGCAAAUAACACGUCUGCUCGCCUCAGCUAAAAUUAUGCCAGUUAACAAUCAGAUUGAAGUUAAUAUAAAUGUCAACCAAGGAAGAUUCAUAGAUUUCUGUAAGAAAUACAACAUUACGGUAACCGGCUAUUCACCUUUGGGAAAACCUGGAAAUCGAUCAAGUAUUGAGAACCAUUUAGAUAAUCCUGCAGUAUUGCAAAUUGCUCAAAAAUACGAAAAGACUCCAGCACAAGUGGCUCUUCGAUACGUGUUUCAGCAUGGAGUUGCGCUAAUUCCGAAGUCUAUAAAUAAAAAUCGAAUUAAGAAGAACAUGGAAAUCUUUGAUUUUGAAUUAACGCUCGAUGAAAUGAACGUUAUUCGAAAACUCGGUACUGGAGAGAGAGUAGCAGACUUAUACAUAGGGUGCCGGCUCCAACACUGACGAGUUUCGACGGUGAAAUCGCAUGUCUUGUGUAGUUUGGAUAUUACUGAAAGCGAUUCAGUCUUUACAGGUUAGAUUUCUCGACGCCAAAGAGAUUUUCCAAUUGAUUGAAAAUAAACCGCGAUAAGCUGUUUUUCCGAUAUGUGCUUCUUCAUUACUGAUUUUCGACACUGAUUUCACUACAUUUUGACUUCAAGAAAACUGCAGUUGAAACGCAUAGCUUAUUAUCCGAAGUAUAUAGCGAUGAAACUCCAUCGAAAAGAACAUGUAAAGUUUGGUUUGAACGCCUUCGAAACGGUGAUUUUGACGUGAGAGAAAAACCGGAGAACGUUCCGAACAACCGAAAAAAUUUGAAGAUGUCGAGCUGCAAGAAUUUCUUGAUGAGGAUCCAGCUCAAACGUUUAGAAUUGUUGAAAGCGUUAAAUGUUACACCAAUGGCCAUCUCUGUUGCAUGCUUGCAUGUCAUGGGAAAAAUUCAUAAGAAAGGGAUAUGGCUACCACAUGAGUCAGAAAAUGCCAUUUUGAAUCGUUUGUCUAUAGCAACUUUUGCUCGCCAGUCAAAAAAAAGAGUUUUUGUGGCAUAUCGUGACUGGCAAUGGAAAAUAGAUUUAUUUUGAUAAUCCCAAGCGGAGGAAAUCAUGGGUGGACCCCGGCCAACCAUCCACUUCAACGCCUAAGAGAUUCCUCUUAUUAUAUUGUAGAAUAUUCAUGGGCAUAAGACCUUACUUUGCAUUUAGUAGGACCAAGAUGGUGUACUAUAUUACGAGCCUUUAUGUCCAAAUGAAACCGUUACAGCUGAUCACUACCAACAGCAAUUAUGCCAAUUGAGUGAAGAGUUGAUGCAAAAAAGACCAUUUGUUGUAGCCAACGCAAAGUCAUUCUUUUGCAUGAUAACGCUCGAUCGCAUGUUGCGAAAAACAGACACUUCUACAGCUUGAAUGGGAAAUCCUCCCACAUCCAGCGUACUCUCCAAACAUAGCACCGUCAGAUUACCAUCUUUUCCGGUCGAUACAACACAUACUUACUGGCACACACUUCUCCAGUUACGAGCAAGUCUAAAAGUGGAUGAAUGAAUGGAUCGCCUCGAAAGACACUGCGUUCUAUCGUCGUGAAAUUACCCUAUUGCCGGAAAGAUAGGGAAAAGUAGUAGAAAAUGAAAGAAAUUAGAGUAAAAUAUUUAUUCAUCUUCCCUUCGAAAAAAUCAAUUUUGGAGACGAAAAAUGGCAAGAAUUAAGUUUAAUACCUAAUAUAAUA